GGAAAACGAUACCAACAUAAAUAUAUGUGAGAGAGAAAAGGCAAUCAAACAAACUUGUGGCCUCUCUCCCUCUCUCUUUCUUUUCUUCUCUCUCUCUCUCUCUCCAUAAUGAAACACAAGGACGAGGCAAAGGGAAUGACAAGUGUUGGCAUCGCAACCUCAACAACGACGAGCAACGAGUGUUGCAUGUGUGGGGAUCACGGAUUUGCUGAGGAGCUCCUUCAGUGCAAGAUUUGCCAUUUCAGGUCUCAACACAGGUACUGUAGCAAUCUCUACCCCAAGGCCAAGUCCUACCAAGUUUGCAACUGGUGUCUGGCUGAAAAUCAGGAUGGAACCUCCAUGAAGGACAAGUCGAAGAAAACUUCAAAUUCUUUGUCGUCCCUCAAGAACGGCACUUGCGAAGAGGAAAGCAAUAAGAAGAGCAAGAAGAGAAAUAACAACGGCAGAAAAAUAGGUUGCCGUGAUGAUCAUGGCGACCCGAAAGGCGAAUCGACUAAGUCUUUGCGGUUUCUGCGUGCCAAGAAACAGAAGAAGCUGCCGGAGAGCUUGGCUCUGACCGCCCGAAAGAGGAUCAUCUCCAAUGGCGACUUGGAAGAGAAGAGCAGAAGGAAGAAGGAAGAGGGGCGGUCAAAGGCAGACAGCAAUGUUGGCAUUGGCAUCAGAAAGCGGGCGGUAUUAAGGAGCAACAGAGUCGUCAGAAGGUGGACGUGAUUGACGGUUCCAAUGGUCUGCCGGUCAGCCCUGAGGUCAAUGGUGAAGGGGAAAAACUUUUAUUUAUGUCGCUCCCGAUUCACAUUCUAACUGAAACAAUACUCUUGGGGCCAGAAGUUAGAAUAGAAUUCGAUUGACUGAAGGCAAAGACUAAGCAUAAGUUGUGCUCGAACGAACCUUAAAAGACCACGAACCUUGAGAAGUCAUUGCAUGUACCCUUAUUACUUGUAUUGGAAGUACCUCACCAAGGAAGGGUGUUGCCACUUGUGCAGGCUGCAAUGUCUUGUUUAAUGAUCCGGCGGCUGGUCUACUUGCACACCCCUUGUCCCUCCUCUCAGUCCUCUGUGUGUUUUUUCUUUCAGGAGGAGGACUGGAAUACCUUCUUAUUUUAACAUCCCGGAGUCCGGAUGAAACUUUUUAAGGACAUGCCCAUGCCCAAAAAGACCAUGAACCUUGAGAAGUCACUACAUGUACCCUUAUUACCUGUAUCGGGAGUAUUUGAACCCACUCGCAGCCCAUCAUAUGAUGGAUUCAAGUUGCAGGAUCUGGAUGGGCAUCGUCACAUUUUAGAUCCAAAGCUUGAAGUUUUUUUCUUUUUCUUGCUGGGACAAACUUUCCUUUCGAACAAAACAGUCAAACAUUACAAGGAAAUCCGAUACCUGAAUUAAAACGAUAAAGCAAAGAAGACUCCACCAACGUCAUAUUUUUAACUCUAGGUGGGAGAUUGUUAAAAAUAAACAAAGAUGUGGUUCCUAUCUAAUGAAUAACCUAAUUUG